AUGAGUGAAUCCACCUAUGACGUUGUCAAGGUUGAUCUAUCGGAUGGAAGAGAUUACCCAAUCUACAUCGGCACUGGAUACAGCGAGGAACAAGCCGCUGAAAUGUUGUCAUCGCACAUCGAAGGAAGCAAGGCCCUCUUGGUUACAAACGAUCGAAUCUCUCCGAUGUACUUGGAAAAGUAUGAAUCUUUGAUUCGUCAAAACAAAGAGGUGCACACCCUGGUUUUACCGGAUGGUGAAGAAAAGAAAACCAUGGAAGUUUUGCAACUCAUCUUAGACAAAGCAUUGGAAGUUGGUCUUGAUCGUAAGUGCACCUUCUUGGCCCUUGGGGGAGGAGUUAUUGGUGAUAUGGUUGGCUUUGCGGCUGCCAUUUACCAGCGUGGUGUCAACUUUAUUCAGAUUCCAACUACCGUCAUGGCUAUGGUGGACUCAUCUGUAGGCGGAAAGACCGGUGUCAACCACCCUUUGGGAAAGAACAUGAUCGGUGCUUUUCACCAACCUCAGUGUGUUUUCAUCGAUACCGACAACCUAAGUACACUCCCAGAUCGGGAGCUUCAAAGUGGAAUUUCUGAAAUCAUCAAAUAUGGACUCAUCCGAGACGCCGAUCUCUUUGAAUGGCUCGAAGAAAACAUGGAUAGUUUGUUGAAGCGUGAUGCGUUGGCACUGAGAUACGCUGUGAAACGAUCAUGUGAGAACAAGGCUGAAGUUGUCAAGGCCGACGAAAAGGAAGCUGGUGUUCGAGCUACGCUCAAUCUCGGUCAUACCUUUGGGCAUGCUAUUGAAAGUGGAUCUGGAUAUGGAACUUGGUUGCACGGUGAAGCUGUUGCUAUUGGAACGGCAAUGGCUGCUUCAAUGAGUGCUAGAAUGGAAUGGAUCGAUCAAGGUUUGUUGAAACGAACCUACGACUUGUUGGAAAAGGCAAACCUUCCUAUUGAGCUUCCCCUUGACUCACCAAUGAAUCAAGCCACGUUCCUCAAGUACAUGGCGGCCGACAAGAAGGUUGCUAACGGGAAAUUACGACUUAUCCUCCUCAAGGGAGAGUUGGGAAAUUGUGAAUUCACUGGUGAUUUCGAUGAAGGUGCAAUGGUCGAGACGAUUGACAACUUUGUAGCAGAAUGUCAAGGAGCAGCGGUAUAG